AUGUCAUUGACCUUUGCUACUGAGAAAGAAUUGGCUGUGGAUAACACACCAGCUGAGAGUUCUUUGGAUUCUCUUGACGGCACUACUUUUGACUCUGAUGAGGAGUCAAAGCCUGUCGAAGAAGCUCCAAAGCCUGAGCCAAAACCUUUGCCUUCUUUGAAGGAUUUACCAUCCUUGGUAGAUAGCAACUCCUUCAAACCAGCUACCAAAGUUGAAUGGGGUCCUAACAUGAAACCUGCAGCCAUUUCUUCUUCCGUCAGUCCAUCAAUGUCCCGUUCUGCUAGCGCCACCAGCGCUGGUCGUAUGAGAUCAAACAAUAUUCAGGAAACUUUUACCCUAGACCUGCAAUCUCAAUUGUCUGUGACUAAAUUGGAACUGUCCAGGAUCUUACAAACUGUUAAGCAGGCUAACAACGUCUCUGUCGAGUCUACCUUGUCAAGAAACUCCCGUACUUUCUUGAUCUCUGGUCCAGCACCAAAAGUUAAGGAGGCUAAGAGAGAAUUGAUAAAGAUGCUAACCAGACCUAUAACGGAAAACAUCGAGGUUCCAUCAAGAUGCAAAGCCGUCAUCAUUGGUUCUGGUGGUAAGAACAUUCGUGAGAUCUCUGACAGAUACGAUGUCAAAAUCCACAUCAGCAAAGAACCAAAACCAGACUCCUACAAUGAAGAUCUAGACGACGACUUGAGCGAUAUCUCCAUAUUCGGUGACUUUGAAUCUGUUAAGCAAGCCAAGGCCAAAAUCUUGUCCAUUGUAAACGAGGAUCUGAAGAAUAUCACUGCUAGACUAUCUGUAGAGGAUUCCACUUUGGGAUCAUUCGUUAAUGUCAAGGAAGUCUCUUCAGAUGAUGUCAAAGUGCAAUACUAUCAAGAUACCGGGUCUUUCACAAUUACGGGUAGUUUAGACGACAUUAAAAACGCUAAAACCAAGAUAAAGGAUUACUUACAAAAGCUAUCCAAUGAACUUGCUGAAGAAAAUGUUAAGAUUCCAUCAAAAUUCCAAUUCCUAAUUGAUGCGGACGAAGUUAAGGACAGAUUUGGUGUUAUUGUCAAGUUCCCAAAGAGCUCCUCUGAUGAAACUGUCCAAUUUGCUGGAUUAAAAGACAAAGUAGCUGAGGCUAUUAGUUUUGCUAGGACUUCCUCUAAGCAAUACAUCGUCGACUCACUUGACAUUUCAAAAGCACACAACAAGAAUCUUGACCAUGCUAAGAGACUAGUCAUCUACUUCCAGAAGUACAACGUCUUGGAUAAGGUUGCAGAGGAAUUCCCAGAUGUCAAAUACGUUUUGCCAUCCAUCGAAGAUUUGCAAAAUGCCAAAGAAGUUUUCAUUUACUUGAGUGCAAAGAAUGAUAAGACUUCAGAAAUAAAGGCUGCUCGUAGAGAGAUUAUUGCGAUUGUGAAUGACAUCACUCCAGCUGAAACACUGGUCAUCGAUGACCUAGAUUACGAACUAUUCCACAGAAAUAUUAAGCACAUCUUACUAGGCCAUGAAUCAGAAGCUAAGUUCAUCCAAAUUGGUGACUACUUCAAGGGUGAUGACUCUGUUGUUUUGUUUGCUACCUCAACAGAUGAAGACUUCAAACCAUCAACUGAUGAAAUAAAGGAAAGCUUGGAAAAAGUCAACGCAAAUCUAAAUGAUCUACGUAAGAAGCAAAACUCCCUAGAAGUUGCUACUUAUGAUCUUGAAUCUGAAAAGCAAGAUGAGUUUUUUGGAAAGGACUCUGUGGCUCUAAAAUUGAUCUUAGAAGAUAUUUCCGGCGAUGACGGCCACAUUCAAAUUAAAUUACACUCUCCUGAAAAGAAUAAGAUGACUUUGAGAGGUGACGAAAGGGCUGUUAAGAAGGCAAACAAAGAUAUUAAAUCUAUUGUUGAGAACCCAUCUACUACUGCAAAGAUAACCGUUGAAGUUCCUGUCGCUUCCGUUUCCAGAUUGAUUGGUAACAAAGGUGCUAAUCUACAAAAGUUGAGAAACAAGUACAACUGUUCUAUUGAUAUUCCUCAACAGGGUGAGUCUGACCAAGAUAAGACUGUUGAAAUUACCAUUAAGGGUUUGCAAUUUAUCAUUGAACAUGCUAAGAAGGAUAUUGCAAAUGAAGCUAAGAGAUUAGCAGAUAUCGUCACAAAGGAACUUGUUGCACAGGCUAAAUACCACCGUAAUUUAAGUGGUCCUCAAGGUAUGUACCGUACUCGUCUACAAGAGAAGUACAAUGUCUUCAUUAACUUCCUAAAGGAAAAUAACACCAUUACCAUUAAGGGUCCAUCAAGAGGUGUUAACAAAGCUUACGAUGAAUUGAAAGCCCUUCUUGAUUUCGAAAUGGAAAAUGGUCAUAAGACUAUUGUCAAUGUUCCAGUCGAGCAUAUGUCUAGAAUCAUUGGUAAGAAUGGUGACACCAUCAACGGUCUUUCUGAUGAAUUUGGUGUUGAACUAGAUUUCUUACAGAAGAGUGAUGAUCCGAAGGCGGUAGAAACUGGUGUUGUUGAGCUUGAAAUCACUGGUAACAGAAAUGCCAUCAAGGAAGCCUCUACUAAAAUUGCAGCUAUUGUUUCUGAAGCUGCAGACCACGUUACUGAGAAACUUGACAUCGACCGCAAAUACCACAAGACAAUUGUUGGGGCUGGUGGUCACACUUUAAGAGAAAUCAUCAGUAAUGCUGGUGGUGAUGAAGUUAGAGGAAGAGCUGUUGAUAUUCCAAAUGCUGACUCAGAGUCUUCCAUUAUCACAAUUCAAGGUCCAAAGAAGUUUGUUUCCAACGUGGUUAAGGCAAUUAACAAGAUUGUUGAAGAAAGUCAAAACAGCAUUACCAAGAAGAUCGAAGUUCCAGGUGAAAGAUUGGGUGCAUUGAUUGGCCCAGGUGGUAUUGUCAGAAAGCAGCUAGAAUCUGAGUUUAACAUCCAACUUUAUGUUCCUAAGAGGGACGAAGAAGAGACUCGUGUUUCUCUAACAGGUUUGCCAGAAAACAUCGAGAAAGCUGAGAAGAAGAUAUUCACAGAGAUCAUCAGAGAUAACUUUGAUUUGGAGAUCAUGGUCCCAGCAAAUGUUCAAAACUAUGUAUCCGAUCGUGGUAACCUUCCACAAAGACUAAGACUUGAAAAGUUUGUGAACGUUAGAUACGGUAACGCCACCAAGAAGGCCAACAAUCUAAACAGAACGCCUGUAGAUAUUCCUUAUGAAAAGGUUGCUGGAGCUGAAGGUGAGAAAGUCAAGUUCACUGUUGAAGAAACCGGACCAUCUGUUGUUGAAAAUGUAGAUGGUGAAAUACCAUGGAGACUAAUAUACGAGCCUAUUGACUUUGAUAGCAUUUUAGAUGAAGAAAAUGGUGAGAAGAAGGAAGCUUCUGUUGACGAAAACAAGAAGCAGCAAUUAUUGAAGGAGGCCAAGGAAAUAAUUGAAAACAGAAUCAACGACGCUCCAAAUGCCACUUACUCUGGAUAUGUCUGGACAUCUGACCCAAGCAAGUUCUUCAAGGUUGUUGGUAUGGGUGGUUCCAACGUCAAAAAAAUUCGUGAAUCUACCAACUGUAUUGUUUACGUUCCAAAGAAAUCUGAUAAGAUCAACAACGUAAUUUUCAUCAAGGGUGCUAAGGAAAAUGUUGAGAAGGCAGGUGAAGCCAUCAUCAAAUCUUUGAAACAAUGA